AUGCUCUUCUUGUCUGUAGUUCUUGUGGAGCAGGCUACACCCAAAGCUGCUUCUCGGAAACACUGCGUUGCUGCUAAGAAAGUCCGUGAACCAGUCCUUGUAUUAAGCUCAGACAGUGAUGACAGCUUUGAAAACUUCCUGAGCCAUAUGAAAACUCCCAAGCCUAAGCCCAAGGAAGCAGUGCAUGGCAGUGAAGACAGCCUCAGAAACUUCAUUGUCCACAGCUUUUCCUCUGAUGAUGACUUUGUUGUCGAGAAGAAAAAAACACCUACCUCCAAAGGUGCGUUUAAGACCCCUAAGCUGUUAUCCUCCCAGCCCCCAGUCAGAAGACCCCUGUCCCAGUGUGACUCCCCAGUUUUCCUCAGCGACAGUGAAGAAGAUGAUGGUAUCGUGAUGAAGAGCACAUGGAGGACGCGCCACCCUGUGCGCAAGCCGCCGUCGUCACGGACGCACAAGGUCAAAGUUCCACAAAGUAACCAGGAGGACAACAUCUUCUUUCCCUUGUCCUCCCCUCCUCCUCUGCCCUCCCUCUCUCCAAGCUCUCUUCCUCUCCCCUCUUCCUCCUUCACACCUUCCCCGGCCCCCCUUCCACAGCGGGCCCACUCAGCCGUGUCGAAGCUGGAGGACUCAGCCAGCUCAGAGGAGGAGUUCCUCAGCUUACUGGACAGAAUUAAGAAAAACCACAAGGCUGGCAACACCCCAACACCUAAACAUAACACAGGGCCCAAUCAGAAGCCCCUUCUGUCAGCUCCACGGCCCAAAGCCUCGAAAGAGGCGGGCCCUCGGCUGCUCAGAGUGUCAGCAGCAGUGUGUAUGACUCCGGGAUGUUUCCUCCAGUCUCUGUCUGGACCAGGCUCCAGUUACAGCCGCAACUUCCAACAGACCAAGGAGGAGCUCACCAGGAAACUGUACUGCCUGUACAACACCAGCGUGUUCCACAGCAAGCUGCCCAGUAACAUGUCAGUGAGCUGGAAUAAGAAGAUGAGGAAGACUGCUGGCUACUGCAUCACAGGGCAGGAGAGAGGAGGAGGGAACCGAUACGCCCGCAUCCAACUCUCUGAGAAGGUCUGUGACUCUGCAGACCGUCUGCGUGACACGUUGGUCCAUGAGAUGUGCCACGCUGCCACCUGGUUGAUCAACAGUGUGAGGGAUGGGCACGGCCCCUUCUGGAAGCUGUACGCCCACAAGGCCACGCUGGCACACCCCGAGCUGCCCACGGUUACCCGCUGCCACGGCUACGACAUUAACUACAAGUACCAGUACCAGUGCAGCCGCUGCAAAAACACACUCGGUCGCCACUCUAAGUCUCUGGACACCCAGAGGUUUGUGUGUGCCCUCUGUACGGGUCAGCUGGUCCUACUCACCCCCGCCAAGACCCGGGCGCCCACACCCUUCGCCAACUUCGUCAAGGAGAACUAUGGGAGCGUUCGCCAGGACCUGGUGGGUCAGAGCCACGGUGAGGUGAUGAGGAAACUCAGUGUUGACUUCGCCACUAAGACCAAACUCAGCCAGAGCUGAGAGGGAGAAAGAGCGGGAUCAGCUGUCCCUAUACAAAAACUGUAUCCUUGGCUUGAGGAUUUUCACUGGUCUCACAUUAUUUGAUAGGUGUGAAAGAGAUGAGGUGGAAUCAUUCUGAUGCAGUUGGAGGGUGUGGUUGCAUGGACUUGGAUUAGCCCUACAGUACUCUUGUCUCCUGGACUAUAAAGCACUCAGGAUAUUAAUAAUAAGACAUGUUUUUUGUUCAGGAGUAGCCGUAAAACCCUCCCUGAACAUGCAUCAUUCUGUUAAUUCCUUCUUGAAGGUUUCCACUGCUCUGAUUUGAAGCAAUGGUGGGAUCCUUCUCUUUUAACCAUCCUAAUGUGUAAGAUUAGUGGGAUCUUCAAGUUGAUAGGUCUGUCUUAAAUACCUCUGUGUAUGUAUCAGGUUUUCAGAGGCAGUCUGUUGUCAUUCCUUACGUCUCUAACUGGAGUCUCACCAUUACAGUGAACUGAGCCAAGAGAAACACUGAACAGUGACUAAAGGCAACGUGAAUCAGUCAUACAGUACCUUUGGAAAGUAUUCAGACCCCUGUUACGUGACAGCCUUAUUCUAAAAUGGAUUCAAU